AGGCUGUGUCAUUUUAUGUUAGUAGUGAUGUGGAACUGCAAUAGUGGAAAUAUGACGAAAAGAAAUUUGUUUAUUAAUAUAGUAUUUCUACUUAUUGCAAUAUUAUUUAGUGCAAUAUCACCAUGUUCAUCUGCAUUGUCGAACGAACGAUUAUGUUAUGACGCUGAAUGUUCCGUGCCUGUAUCGUUGGCCAGAACGUCGCUAAAGUAUAGUCCAAAUGAAGCAGGGUUAUUACCAUUUGACAUUAAUGUUGAAGUCAAAGUUUACAGUAAAGAAGCAGGCAGUAGAACUGACUUAUGGGGUGUAGAGAUAAAUGGCAAACGUGGAUAUGCACCUAAAAGUUUUUUGAAAGAACAUAAAAUUUUACAUAAGGAUUUGCGUUUCAAAGUGCCUAUUACACAAUUACCUAAUAAUAAUAAUAAAUCUGAUAAAAUACUUCAGCCUAAGGUGGACAAUGUUAAGUUGAAUUCUGUCAAAGAUGAUACCAAUUCUGUCAAAGAUAAUCCCAAUAUAAAGAAUACAGAAGAACUGCCACACAAUGUAAUUAAUGCAACUCCUUCAUAUGAAAUUAUAGAUGGAACCACAUUGCAUUUAGAUGGUAAUGAGUCUCCUAUACAACCAACAGUUAAAACAGAAACUAUUCAAGCAACAGUAGUGCCAAAUAAAAAAGAUGUAAUAAAUACUUUGACAAAAAGUUCUGAUAGUGAAAAAGUUGAAACUAUCUUUGCAGAAGGUAUCAAAUUACCAAAACAAAUCUUGAACAAUGAGAUUAAUGACAGAGAAACUAUUCCUCAGAAAGCUGAUAUUAAGAAUUUUGUAACAAGCUCUGAAGAGAUAUUAGAUUUACCACACAUAACUGGUGUACAAGUUCCACUGAAACCAUUGGAAACAAACACAAAUAUAAAUGGUAAUAUUCAUAGUGAAGAAAAAACUACAAUACAGAAAAUAGAAACUAACACAACUACUGAAGUGAAAAAUGUAGAAUCUCUGAAGAAAUUGAAUGAAAUUAAUGUCUUAGAAAUACCUGUAUCUAAUAAUGGCAAAGAAAUAAUUAAUAAAGAUACUCUUAAAGAUACAGCAGUUAAUGAAUUCAACAAAAAUGAUAAUGGCAAAUCUAACGAAGGAAUUAUAAGUAAAGAUAUUAAAGUAAAUGUAGAAAGUACACAAAAUGUAGUUCCAUUAAAGGACAUUGCUAAAAUAAAUGGGUUGGAAAAUGCUACUUCGUUAAAAACAGAGCAGAUUAAAUUGAAAGAAGACAUCAAAACACCUGAAAACAAAUUAACAAAUCCUGAUACAGAAGCAAAAGAUAUAACAAAAGAAACAUUCAACUUAAGUAUUCAAGGGGUAGUAAGCGAAACUAAUUCAAAACCAACAUCUGAAGAGCCAAACCAUACAACCUUUCCAAGUUUUCCAAUAAAAAAUAACUUACCCAAUCAAUCUGACAGUAAAAAAGAUCAAAAAAGUACUACUACUGCAACAGCUUCAACUACUUCUCAGACUACAGAUCAGAAAUUUAAAGAAAAUAUCAAUACUGUUAUCAGUGACGGAGGUGGCAAUAAAGCUGAUGGUAAAAUAUCUAUAGAUGCAGCAAAAGUUUCAAUUAUUUCUCAGGGUAAAGAUCUUAAUCUUAAAGAAGAUAGUAAUGCCAAAUCCAAUAUUAAAGAGGGUGGUGACUAUAAGGAUGAAGGUAAAAUACCUUUGGUUACAACAACAACAGCUUCAGCUACUCGAAAUACAGUUCAGAAUCUUAAAGAAAGUGGCAAUGCCAAUAUUGUUGGUAAAGAUGGGGGGUAUAAAGAUGAAGAUAAACCAGCUUUCAAUAAAGCACCAGCUUUAGCUAUUUCUCAGGGUACAGAUCUGAAUCUUAAAGAAGAUAGUAAUGCCAAAUCUAAUAUUAAAGAAGAUGGAGGCCAUAAGGAUGAAGGGAAGAUAUCUUUGGAUACAACAACAACAGCUUCAGCUACUCAAAAUAUAGUUCAGAAUCUUAAAGAAUCUGGCAAUGCCAAUAUUGUUAUUGGCAAAGAUGCUGGCUAUAAAGAUGAAGAUAAACCAGCUUUCAAUAAAGCUCUAGGCUCAUCUAUUUCUCAGAGUACAGAUCUGAAUCUUAAAGAAAGUGGUAAUGCGAAUAUUGUUAAUGACAAAGAUGGCGGUUACAAAAAUGAAGGUAAACUAGCUUUUGAUAAAGCACCAGCUUCAACUACCUUCAACUAUCAGCUUGAUGGUACAGAUAUGAACCAUAAAGAAAAUGGUAAUGCCAAUGUUGUGACGGGAAAAAACAGUGACUCUAAAGAUGAAGGUAAACAAUUCUUUGAUACAACAGCUUCAUCUUCUUCUCAUGAUACAGAUCGAAACCUUAAUGUCAAUAUUGUUACAACAACUUCAACUACUCCUCAGAAUACACAUCAAAAUUUUAAAGAAAGUAAUAGUGUCAACGUUAUUGCCCGCGAAGAAGAUGGCUCUAAAAGCGGAGAUAAAAUAUCUUCCGAUAAUGCGACAGCUUCUGCUACUUUUCAGGAUAUAAAAGAUAAUAUUUUAAAGAAUGAUAUCGAUAUACAUGUUAAGAAUGAGACCGAUGACUCUCGUUUUAUUGUAUCCCGUGAAUUAAAUGCACCCCAUCUGCCUGAAGGUAAAGAGUCUACCCCAGAUUUACCUGCAUCACAAUAUACUAACGAAAAAAGUAUGGUCUUCAAAAAUAUUGCAAGCAUUAAUGAAUUUCGUAACCGAAAUUUAUUGGAUGCCGAUGAUCAAAUUGAGAGCGUAGAAAGCGUGGGGCUAGAUGAAGUUGAGCAAUUCAAAGAUGAAGCCUUAUACGAAACUGAAGGUGGCACAAUGGUACAGGAUAAGAAUUUGUACGAAAGAUCAGACAACGAGGACACAGUCGUAAAAUACGAUAUGUUAGACAAUAUUUUACAUAAUGUAAAAGUUUCUCCACCUGACGUUUGUGCGGCUGAUAAUACCGAUUGUUCCAUUGAAGAUAAUAUUAACGAGAAUGCUGUAAUCGAAGGAAUAAAAAUCGAAACCAGUUACUGGUUGACGUUAAUGUAUUUAACGAUUACUGUGACUGCGACUCUUAUAUUUUCCUUAGGAUUCUAUUACAUCGAGAAUAUGAGGCGAGAUCAACAAUUGAUAGCCAAGAUCAAUAAACUUGAAAAAGAUCUACUUAUUUCAACAAAGGAAUGUACGAUGAUGAGUGAAAAUUUGAAGCUAACAACAGAUAAGUUGACUUCCAUCGAAGAUGAAUCAUUUGGAUCCAACGAAAUGGUAUCCUCUUUAAAGGCCGACUUGGAAGCUUUGCGGAAUUCGAAGGCAGAACUGGAAGACCACGUUGCCAUGUUAGAGAAAGAUUUAGAAAGCACUACCGAAGCAGGGUUAGAACUGGAACGAAUGUUACGAGAAGUCCUCUCGUCUGAUAACGAAGUUAACCCAUUAGCCCAAUCAGUAGAGAAUCUGCAAACAAGAUUGAAUGCUCAGCAAGCUGCAAAUGAAUCUUUAACGAAUGCCCUUAACCUCAAAACUCAGGAGCUUGAAUUCGAUAAACUUGAGAACGAAUCGUUAUCAGCGGAGUUGACAUCUUUUAAGAAAAAAUAUGAAGAACUUGAGGUUGAGCUCGUUCGUGUUACGGAUAAUUUGACGCUUCAAGUCAACAAUAAGAAGAGCUUAGAACAGACGUUGACUGAUAAGGUACAACAAUUAGAAAUGCAAACCAAGGAAAUUUCUGUCGAAAAAGUAGCCUUACAGAAAGAGUUGAAAGCUAAAGAAAUAGAAACGAAAGAUCUUCUGGACGUUAUUAAUCGACUAAAUUCUAAUAACUUGGAUUUGGAUAAGUUAUACGAUGUAUCUCGUAUUAAAGCGGAAGCAACCGCUUUGCUCGAAGAACGAAACGAAUUAAAAAUACAAUUAACCGAGAUCGAGGGUGCUCACAGUUUACUAGAGGAACAUGUAAAGGUUAUCAAAGAGGAGGUUGCUACAUUGAGCGAACAGUGCAAGGUGGCUGAAAAAGUGAAAAAAGAUGCGGAGACGCGACUCGAAGUGCUAUCAAAUUUUUUCCAAGAAAAAGAAGCUCAAAGACAAAAGGAAGAAGCUGUUUGGUUGCAACAGCAGGGUGAAGUUUUAUCUACUGUAGAAAGAAUACAGACGAUGCAGAAUGAAAUACAAAACUAUAAACAACAAAUAGAAAUGUUGGAACGUGAAAUAUUAGACCAGGAAAGGGAAUAUAAAAAUCAGAUUUCCGUUCUUGAAACGAAAGCACACGAGCAAUGGGUAAUAGCGCGUCAAGUUGAACGACGUUUAGAGGAGUCCAAAGUCGAAGCAGGGCAAUUGCGUAACCGGUUGACCCUUAUCGAAAAGAAUAUUAACGAAGCAGAUUCCGAAGCAAAAUUACAUCGCCUGGAAGCAAAUGGAGAGACGGCAACGUCGUCUUCAUUAUUCAUAGGAGCAGAGUCGUCCAACUCCCCUAUAAUGUUUUCUGGUUCUUCGAAUGUUCCACCUCCGCCUCCGCCAUCCUACCUUCAUUCCCUGUUUCCUCCUUAUUUACCACCCCCGUUACCUAGUGGGUCUGGUGUACCUCCGUACGAAGUUAGUCAACGACCACCGCCAUUGGGUGGUCGAUUAUCCUCGCCGCCACCUAUGCCUUUACAUCCUCCUGCUUCCAGCAGGUACGAUACCGCAGGUUCCCCACCACCAAUGUCUCCACAUCUACUUCCGCCCUUCAAUCAUAGGUCACUGCCACCACCGUUUGGCAGUGAUCACAUUCAUCCACCUCCUCCACCUUUUGGCUCGAUAUUGCUUCGACCCCUGGGAACGAUGCAUUCAUGGGGGGACGAAUCACUGCCGCCUCCACGCAAUUCUGGUUUCCAUCCGUCACAGCGAGAUCGAGUACGAAAUCACAAAGGUUCCUUGCAUUCUUCGGGAGAAUCGUUGGACAAGACGCAUCAUAACAGCAAAGUUUAAUUCUUUUAUUUUGUUACAAAGCAUCAUCAUACAUACAUCAAAUUUGUCAUCGUAGUAAUGGGAUUCUCAAGUGUAUAAAAUUUCGAUAAAUAAUUAACAGCGAUGCAAGAUAUAUUAAUGCUAGUAGAAAAACCAGCAUUUAUUUUUGGUGAAAUAAACGCAUAUUUAGGUUGCUACACAAAUACGUCUGUCGAAUGUCAUCGCUGUUAUACCAAAAAAAGGGAGAACAAAUUGUAAAAAUGUUUCUUUAUGUAGUUAUGUAUAAUUCUUUGUUCAAAUGUAAAACUUACUUGUCUUCGUAAAUCAUUCGAACGGGAAUUAAAUUGUAAUAUGAAUUUAGACUAAAUGCAAUUGUUAUAUAAGGUUUUAAAAAAUUGAAAUAAAUCGUAAUUUAUUAUUACUUUA